CAAUCUCAAAUCUCAAUUUGGGAUUGAAAUUUUCCAUUCCUUGGGCGAUUUUCUGAAGGAAUUUUCUCAUUUGGAUACUAAGAAACACCUGACCUUGGGGAAGGUUUGUUGCUUUUUGAGGUUUUAUGAGGUGGGUUUGAUCUGGAUUUACAGUUUGGAUCGAAGGAAAAUUGAUAGAGAUUCAAUUUUCAAUUGUUGGGUUUCUUUUGUUCUUUUCGAUUUUUGGAUUUAAAAUUCUGGGUUUGAUUUGAAAUGGUCCAUUUCCAUAACUCAAUCUCAGUCUGCAACUCCGAUGACCAGGCUUCCUCAGCUACAAUCAUGGCGAAUUCUUUUGAUUCAGAUGAUUUUCCGAUGAACCCCAAAUCGUCAUCGUCAUCGAGGAACAAUUUUCCCAAGAAACAAAAGGUACCCAAUUCAUCAAGUUGUUUAGAAAUUCCGUUUUGUGAAGGAUCAAGAUCUGCUGCCAUUGAUGUGUUCAUCUUAAUUGCUGUGAUUGCUGCUUGUGGAUUCUUGUUGUUCCCAACUUUAAAGUGUUUAUCUUUGAAAAUGAUCGAAUUCAUCGAACCCUUCUUUUAUAUGUUUAAAGAGGAAAUCAUGAGAUCUCCAUUGAUAUAUGCAUCCAUAGGAUUAGGUUUUUGUUGUGCUGCAAUAGCUACUUGGAUUUUGCUUCUGUGUACAACUAGGAAAUGCAGGAACCCUAAUUGUAAAGGUCUUAGGAAGGCGGCCGAAUUCGACAUACAAUUAGAAACCGAGGAGUGUAUUAAGAACUCCAACACUUUGGUUAAAGAUGGUGCUAAAAGAGGACUUUUCGAGUUGCCGCCGGAUCAUCACAGGGAAUUGGAAGCCGAGUUAAAGAAGAUGGCACCGAUUAAUGGGAGAGCAGUGCUCGUUUUUCAAGCUAGGUGUGGAUGUCCUGUCGGCAGAUUGGAGGUUCCGGGGCCAAAGAAGCAAAGAAAGAACAAGAAGUAGGAUUUCGGGAUAUGAUAGAGAUGAAUUAAAGCAGUAGAGAAAGUAGUCAUAAUGCAGAGAGGAGUGCCUUCUCUGGUUAGUUUAGCCGAAAACUAUGUUGUCUUUAAAUAAGCUCUCAAUAAGUUGUAAGGAUUACAUAUAGUUGAUUAUAGUGGAGAAUAUAAGAAUAUUUUCUUUCAUUUGUUUAA